AGUACUCUAAACGUCCCUUUUCCCACUGCUCGACUGGCCGCAACCGCCCUCAAGGCCAUUCAGGUGGACCCUGAGCUCUCCCCACUCGUCAGACGACAGCUCACCGUUGUCCCGGCGCCAGCAUCAAAGUCAACCCAAGGUUCACCAAAUGGUCAAGAUGCAGAUGUAGAUGCAGAUGCGCGGUUCCUUGAGGUUCAGUACAGAGCUACAACCAAUAGAAUGCUCCGUGUCGCCGUCAACGGCUUCAUGGAGAGCUUGAAGCUCGUGGUGGAGGUUAUGGAGCAGCUAGACACUGAUGUCCUUGCUCAACAACAU